AUGCUGGGGGCACAGUCUGCUUUUGCCCAUAUUCGGCGAUUCCUCUCCUCAGCUCGGCCUUUCUGUCGUGCCGUCCGAUUGCGUUCGUCUCUGUGCCGAGCGAGGCGUGACUGCGGCGCCGGCUGUCCGGCUCGUCGCGCCGUGCACUUGGCGGACGCCUGCGUCUCAGACCAUCGGCGCCGCAGAGGCGGCCGCUCCAACGACUCGCCUCAAGGCCGGCAAGGCUGGCGCACAAGCAGAUGGCAAGCGAGCAAACGCUUCGCGGGCUGGCAUCGAUCGAAGCAGACUAGUACGCCUGCAGGCCGUUCAAACAUUCACGCCUCCGGUGCCCUGGCCCUGCUCACUCGGCGCAGCUGGGACAUGAUCGAUACUUUAUGA